AUGUUCAACUUCAGCGUACCACGCAUGGUCAACUUCGAUGAUCUGAGGAAAAGAGGGCUUAGAAGCGGGGGAGCAAAUUUGAAGCUCAAGCACGUAACUACUCGGCUGCAGCAGCGUCUAUCGGCGCUUGAGGUUCUUCAAAGUCAUGCGCGUUGCAAGCCGUGCACUUAG